AUGGGCCCGCUCCUCUCGGCCUCUCAGCCGCUCGCGUCGCUCACGGCCCUGUUCGUGCUGUGGAAGGGCUUCCUCCUCGCCGUCGCCCUCGCUGCCGCCGUCGCCGCCGACUACGACACGUCGACCUCGCUCUUCUUCGACCGCCUCUACGGCACCCGCGCCCGCGUGCCGGCCCUGGCCGCGAGGCUGACGAGAUGGGACGCCCUCUACUUCAUGCACCACGCGCGCGACGGCUACGUCUUUGAGCAGCAGUGGGCCUUUACCGCCGCCCUGCCCUUGCUCGUCCGCGCCCUCGUCUCCGUCUUUCCAUCGUCCACCGGCGACGCCGCGUGGGAGCCCUUGGUGGCCAUUGCCGUCGUCCACGCCUCCCACCUCGUCGCCGUGCUCGCUCUUUACCGCUUGACCUUGGUUGUGUGCGGCGAUGCGAAGCUUGCUGUCGUCGCCUCGGCGCUGCACGUCAUCUCGCCCGCCGGGCUCUUCCUCUCCGCGCCCUACGCCGAGAGCCCGUUUGCUGCCCUGUCUUUUGUCGGCAGCUUGCUAUUUGCGCUUGGCAUCAAGCAUAAGCGUGACUGGGCCAAGCGGGCUGCGGCCAUCGUCGGUGCCGGCGUCGCCUUUGGCCUGGCGACUGCCUUUCGCAGCAACGGCCUGUCCAAUGGCCUUCUCUUUGCCGUCGGGGCCCUCAAGUGUCUCGUCGUGUUUGUGCAGAAACCCAGCCUGUCUAGGCUUCUGGCCCUCGUUGCUCCCGUCGUCGGCGGGCUGUGUGUCGCGGCAGGCUCCGUCGUCCCACAGGCCCUGGCCUGGAAGCGUUUCUGCCGCGAUGCCCCGGCAAGCCUCGAGCCGCGACCGUGGUGUUCAUAUAGAGUCCCGAGCAUCUAUACGUUCGUUCAGAGCGAGUAUUGGAAUGUCGGGUUCCUGAGAUACUGGACCCUGAACCAGCUGCCACUGUUCCUGCUUGCCAGCCCCAUGCUCGCCAUCCUCAUUGUAUCGGGCCUCGCAGUUUUGCGAAAGCCGGCGUCGGGCCUGAGGUCCCUGAAGUCCGGCCCUGGCGAGGACUACCGCAUGUUUGCGCGCGCAACCGCGGCAGGCCAGGCGUUGGUGGCGCUGUUGGCCAUUACCAACUACCAUGUCCAGGUCAUCACCCGCCUCUCGUCGGGCUAUCCCCUGUGGUAUCUGUGGGUAGCAGGAUUGCUGAUGGAUGCGAGGCGACAGAAAUGGGGCCGGGCCAUUGUCGUCUUCAUGGCCAUGUAUGCCGGCGUCCAGGGCGGCCUGUUUGCCUCCUUUCUGCCCCCUGCGUGA